AUGUGUGUUUGUGUAUGUGGCCUCUUUCAGAGCUCAAUCUGCACUAUGUAUUCAUCCAAAAUCCUGCUUGCCACUCUGGUGAUGCUUUUCCUGAGCCCUGUGACAAAUUCAGUGGAUAUUGACACUGCAUUGAGGAAGCAACUCGGUGAAGUUGAAAACAUGCGUAUGGUGAAGAACGCCACUGACAUUCUGAACUGGGUAGAUGUUGUGAAAAGAAAAGCUAUCCCAUAUAUGCGGGACUGUGAAGAGAUGUUCCAAGCAGGUCACACAGAGAGCGGCCUUUACAUCAUACGGCCUGAAAACACCCGAAAACUUGUGGUCCAGUGCUACAUGGAUGGCUGUAAUGGGUGGACAGUGAUCCAACACAACACCCACAACACUGAAAUCACAUGGUCGGAAACCUGGACAACCUACAAAUAUGGGUUUGGUAACUUGGAGGCAGACCACUGGCUGGGCACCGAGUACAUUCGUCUCAUUACUCAGCAGAAAUGGUACAGAGUCAGAAUAAAUCUAGUUGAUGCUGAUGGUGCCCACAAAUAUGCAACCUAUGAUAGCUUUGUCGUGGAUAAUGAGGAUAACGGUUACGCGCUGAAGUUAGGGACUUAUGAGGGUAAUGCAGGGGACUCUCUCAGUAAUUCCCGACUCAAAAACAUGCAUGACAACAUGAAAUUCUCAUGCAAAGAUCAAGACAAUGACAGGUCUACUUUGAACAACUGUGCUGAUGUCCAUGGAGGGGGUUGGUGGUAUGACAACUGCUUUAAUGCACAGCUAAAUGUCAAAGGUGCCAUUCACUGGAGCACAUUAUGCCAAAAAGAUUGUAGGAAGUCAGUUAUACUACUGAGACCCACCUACAUGUUCUGCAACAGGGUUUAGACUGGGCUCAGGUUCUAAUGUCAUGAACGGAGGUACUGAUGAAUAGAAUAAGAAUAAGCAGUAAAUCUGCAAGUUGCUUUGCUUCCAUACAUUUUUUAAAAAGAUGGUUAGUUACUUUUGUUACCCCUGGU